ACCGAUCAAAGUUCAAAACAUAAAAGUAAAUUUACUAAUAGUUUAUCUGGUAUUAAUGCCCGUUCCUGUUAUUUUCUUUGUGAUUUUCAUGUUAAUACUUUGCUAGCUUAUAGUACAAGCGUAAAAUGUUUCUGUGAACGACUGUUUGAACACGAAAAUAUGUGAACCAUUUUCGGUGAAGGCUCAAUUUGUUUGUAAAAAAAAGUACCAAAACUUCUACGCUGUAAGGACGUCAUCUUCUGAUAGCUGCAUAAAGAAGAGUAUAUUGGAUAAAUAAAAUGCAGCCCACAAAUUUCCGAAAUCCGGUUCUCAACGAACCCAGGAUUUUUGGAGGCCAGUAUAGUUUUAACACACCAGCUGGCGUUGUGGCGUCUAGUCAAGCACCUCCGAUUCCGCCGAGGCCGCUGCAACAGUCUGGCCAUGUAGGAGCAUUCGGAAGUGGCUUCGGGAACCGUUUUGGUGCUCCCUCUUAUGGGUACUCUGGUUUCGGGGGUGGAUACGGUGGUUUUGGUUCCUUUGGAAGCUACGGUGGCGGUUACAGUGGUUAUGGCAGUGGUGGCAUGUAUGGAAAUAGCUAUGGUAUGGGAUCAACUGCUUUUCCGGAACAUAGAUUUAUCCAGCUCGCCGAAGAGAGUUCGAGACCUGCUUUUCAAAAUAUUGAAUCUUUAGUGGGAGCUAUUGGAAACAUAGCCGCUAUGCUGGAUUCCACAUUUUUCGCACUGACUAGCUCUUUUAGAGCUGUGCUAGGAGUAGCAGCUAACUUUGCCCAUCUACGAGGAGUUUUUGCACAAUUUUGGACAUCAUUUGCUCUGUUCCGAUGGGCAAUAUGGGCUUAUAGAAAGAUUUUGUAUUGGUUAAGAAUAACUAAAACCAACCCUAGUACCGCAAGCUUCAACGAGGCUUUCAAAAUUGCAGAAGCUGAUAAACAAGCAGUGAUACAAACGAAAGGAUCGUCAAUGCCCGUUAUUCUAUUCUUAGGAUUCAUCAUGUCUGCACCUUACCUACUGAUGAAGCUUUUUGGAAAUACUGACAGCACUGAUCAAGUAAAAAAUCCUCGCAACUGGACCAGUCCUGUAGAAGCGGUGGCCAUUUACAGCUUCGACGCCUCUAAUUCAAAUGAAUUGACGAUUCGAGCGGGACAAACGGUUCUCAUUGCACCGAGAGCGGUACAGGUCGAACAAAAUUUACUUAAUACUGGUUGGGUACUUGCUACGGUAGACAACAAGGUAUGUGGUGUGAUUCCGGUGAAUUAUAUACAAGGUUCUAAACAACAACAGCAGCAACAACCAUCCAAUGAGGUAAAACUACAUUCCAACGAAGCAGGUCAGUUAGAAACUGAUGCCUAAACCCUCUUCAGAGAGGUUGACAUUUAAGUUUAAGAAAUAUUGAACCUGCCGGAAACCUUAAUUUUCGUUGAACAUCAGUAAUAUUA